UUUAGGCCGUUGCGUCCACGCCCCUCUCGGUGCAGCCCGGCCUGGCCCCGCCUGAUCCGUAGGCAGGGGCGGGAAAUGGGCGGGAGAGGACCCAGGUCUGUUAAAGAGAGGCCCGCGAGGGGCCGGGCGCCUUUGCCGGCACCUCCGUGUCCCUUGCGCCGGUCUGCCGCGGAGGAAGCACUGCGAACCUAGGCUUGCGGCGGGCUGGAAGCGAGAGGAAGCUGAACCAUCUAUCUCCAGAAAUGUCUUCAGAAAGUAAAGAGCAACAUGAUCUUGUACCAAGGGACUCAGCUGAAGCAAAUGACAAUCUUCCAUCUGGGGUCUCUCUGGAGCCACAAAAGGAAUCAAGUACUGACUUCAAGCAAGUCGAAACCAAUGAGCAAUGCAGACCUUAUCCUAGGAUUUAUUUAGAGCCUCAAGAGAAAUCAAAUACGAACAUUAAGCAAUUUGUCAUUGAAAAACUACAGAAGAGUUGUCAGUGUAGCUCAACCAAAGCCAAAAAUAGGAUUUUUGGUUUCUUUCCCGUUUUGCAGUGGCUCCCAAAAUAUGAUCUAAAGAAAAAUAUUUUGGGAGAUAUGAUGUCUGGCUUGAUUGUGGGUAUCUUAUUGGUUCCCCAGUCCAUUGCUUAUUCCCUCUUGGCUGGCCAAGAUCCUAUCUAUGGUCUGUACACAUCCUUUUUUGCCGGCAUCAUUUAUUUUCUAUUUGGUACUUCUCGUCACAUCUCUGUGGGCAUUUUUGGAAUACUGUGCCUUAUGAUUGGUGAGGUAGUUGACCGAGAACUCCACAAAGCUGGCUGUGACACUGCCCAUGUCACUCCUUCUAUGGGAAUGGUUUCAAAUAUGAGCUCAUUAGUGAACCACACAUCAGAAAGGAUAUGUGACAAAAGUUACGCGAUCAAAAUUGGAAGCACAGUAACCUUUAUGGCUGGAGUUUAUCAGGUAGCGAUGGGCUUCUUUCAAGUGGGCUUUGUUUCUGUCUACCUCUCAGAUUCCUUGCUGAGUGGGUUUGUCACGGGUGCCUCCAUCACUGUUCUCACAUCUCAGGCCAAGUACCUUCUCGGGCUCAGCAUUCCGCGGACUCACGGCGUGGGCUCGCUCAUCACCACCUGGAUACAUAUCUUCCGAAACAUCCGUAAGACCAACAUCUGUGAUCUCAUCACCAGCCUUCUGUGCCUUUUGGUACUUCUGCCAACCAAAGAACUCAAUGAGCACUUCAAAUCCAAGCUCAAGGCACCAGUUCCUAUCGAACUUGUUGUCGUUGUGUUAGCCACACUCACCUCUCAUUUUGGAAAACUAAAUGAGAAGUAUAAUUCCAGUGUUGCUGGACAUAUUCCCACUGGAUUUUUGCCACCCGAAGCACCAGACUGGAGCCUAGUGCCUAACGUGGCUGUGGAUGCAAUAGCUAUUUCUAUCAUUGGCUUUGCUACGACUGUGUCACUUUCUGAGAUGUUUGCCAAGAAACAUGGCUACACAGUCAAAGCAAAUCAGGAGAUGUAUGCCAUUGGCUUUUGCAAUAUCAUCCCUUCCUUCUUCCAUUGCAUUACUUCUAGUGCAGCUCUUGCAAAGACACUGGUUAAAGAAUCCACAGGCUGUCAAACUCAGGUUUCUUCUGUGAUGACAGCCUUGGUUCUUUUGUUGGUUCUGCUAGUAAUAGCUCCUUUAUUCUAUUCUCUACAGAAAUGUGUCCUUGGUGUAAUCACUAUUGUAAAUCUCCGGGGAGCCCUUCGUAAAUUUAGAGAUCUACCCAACAUGUGGAGGGUUAGCAGGAUGGAUACACUUAUCUGGUUUGUUACUAUGCUCUCCUCUGCUCUGAUAAGCACUGAAAUAGGUCUGCUUAUUGGGGUUUGUUUUUCUAUGUUUUGUGUUAUCCUCCGCACUCAGAAGCCAAAGGUUUCAUUGCUUGGCUUGGUGGAAGAGUCUGAACUCUUUGAAUCCCUGUCUGCUUACAAGAACCUUCAGACCCAGCCAGGCAUCAAGAUUGUCCGCUUCAUAGCCCCUCUGUACUACAUAAACAAAGAAUGCUUUAAAUCUGCUUUAUAUAAAAAUACUCUAAACCCAGUUUUGGUAAAGGCAGCUCAGAAGAAGGUGGCCAAGAGAAAGCUCAAAGAGCAGAGAGUGGCUCUCGGUGGAGCCCAGGAAGACGUUUCCGUGCAGCUUUCCCGUGAUCCUUUGGAACUGCAUACUAUAGUGAUUGACUGCAGUGCAAUACAGUUUUUAGAUACAGCAGGGAUUUAUACACUGAAAGAAGUUCGCCGAGAUUAUGAAGCUGUUGGCGUUCAGAUUCUGCUGGCUCAAUGCAAUCCUUCUGUGAAGGACUCCCUGACUAGGGGACAGUACUACAGAGAGGAAGAACAAAACCUUCUCUUCUUCAGUGUGUAUGAAGCAGUGGCUUUUGCAGUAGAGUCUCAAAACCAGAAAGGAACGUGUGUACUCAAUGGCAUGAGUGGUUUCAGUGAUUGAGAAAGCAGAUGAAAAGAGGAAUGUCUCAUAGAUUAAAAUUUCAGAUGAGCAGUAUUUUUCUUCCUUGGAGACUUACGGCCUUUUCAUAUUCACAAAUGCAGCAAAGCUCAUAAGGCAGAAGAAAAUGUGACUUCAGGCUUUACUGCAUCUGUGUAAAAUAUUCUUGAGAUAUAACACCUAGUAAAUUGAGUUAUAAAAUAGCCCCCAAACUUAAUUACGAGCUUGGUUUAGGGCCUACAUUUGGACUUUGCCACCCGAAAGGGGUGCAGUUGGGAUUUGCUGUAAUACCAUUGGAGUCUUUGCCUGACUGGAGGAAAAGUAGGGGAUAUAUUGCACUUAGCUUCUUUUGUAUCAGGAGGUUAAGAGACUUUUGAACGUGGAGCUCUAAUUAUAAAAGUUUGCUGCAUGCUUCUGUAGCCCCAGUCUUCGCUCCCCAGACAGCAGAGGACUCUGCCUUUUAAGUUAGAAAUCACUCCAGUCCUCCUCUGCUUAAGACAGGGAACCACACACACAGUCUGAUGGCGGGCAGGUUUGUGACAUCCUGUAUCACAACCAGUUUGACGUUAAAAACACUCUAUGAUAAAUUGGAUGUUUUAGUUACACAUUUUUUAGUUGAGGAGAAGUAGGUAAGCAAAGAGUUUUCAAAAUCAGAAACUAUAAUGGCAGACCUCUCGUCUUUUCUGUGAUCACUGUUUGUCCUUGUUUCUGAGACAAGUAUCACCAUCAUUAUGGCCUAGUUUAGCUGUCAGAUAUCCUACUGUGCUUUCCCAUGGAAUUUGCCCUAAACUGGCAUUUCUGCCAUCAGUGACAGGUACCAAAAUAGGAUGCUGACUCAGCAAUUUUAAAUAAGUUUGAGGCAAACUAUCAAAGACACUACAAAAAAGGAAUGGCUUACAUUUCCCAUAAGCAUUUGUUUACUAGGCAGUAUGCUGUAUACACCUCACCUCUGCCACUUGCCGUGGCAUUUUAAUAAGUCUUUGAGGACUGAUAUUCUCAAAGUGAGGCUGCUUUUCAUGGGAAAAAUGCACCAAAGUGAUAGAGUAAUGCCAAAAAACAUCAAUAAUUUUUGGAAGUUUUAGUGAAAAUCAUGUUGAUACAUACUGCCAUGCAACCUAUUGAUGUACAGUAAAUGUUUAUGAUAAUGACAGCUUUUAACUUCAUGUUGCCUAAAGCUAUUAAGAUUUAGAAGCAUCACAUUCAUAAAAUCCAAGUUCUGUGGGUGUAUUUAUGGUUGUUGGCCACAGGUGGUGAAUUGAAGGUUGUUAUGUGGAAAAACAGAGAAUAUCUGACUUUGAAAGCUUAUAGUUUUAUAUUUGGACAUGAGCAGGCAAAAAAGACAUGUUCUCCAAAGAAUAAUGGACUAAUUUAUUUGAGAUUAAAGCAUCUACCCAAAUCUUUUGAAACAAACAAAAUGAUUGCCAAAGUAAAAUCUCAUUUUUUAAGCCUAUCCUUAUAGUCUAAGCAAUUUUAAAUAUAACCUCCAUAUGUAGGGUAUACUACAUAUGUACAUAUUAUAUAUAUAUAUACUUUUUGUUAGCUCUGUAAACCUCCAGUGUUGCUUUUCCACAGGUAGAUCUUUUUUAUUUGCUUCCAUAGAAAAUACCUAUCAUUCCAUCAAAACAGUUUCUACAUUUCUGUUUUUUAGAUGAUUGAUGUUAUGCUUAUAUGCAAUAUUAUCCUAAAUUGUGAUAUUCUUUUAUCACUUAGGUUUAGAAUUUUCGAAUUUCAAAAAUGGAAUGCUGCCUAUACUUGUGCUUUUUAGUUUCUAAUGUUUUCCAUUUCUGUUGAGUCUAGGAAUAUUAGUUAUAAAGCCACAGUAUGUUGGAUUUCAUUCCUUUUCGCCCAGUAGGACUUAAGAUGAGAAUAUUACAGAUAUCUAAUAACUGACACAGUAAUAAAUACACGUUUAAGACAACUCUAUAGUUUAUCCAACAUCACCCUAGCAAAGGAAUUCAGCUCAGUGCAUAUUUGGAAAGUCUCUUAGAAGGAUGGAUAACAGGAAUUGCCCAGUACGUGCCAUUUCCAUCGACAGGUGGAUGUAGACAGUUCUGGAGCUUUAUGUGUGCAGUAAGCAAAUUCUUGAAUUAUGUGCUGGUUUGUACCUGUCCCACUCAAAUGAGAUUCUGCUUGGAGUAGCCAUUUGUAAAAACUUUUUUUGUCUUUUGUCACAGGGUCACCUGGUAGUUCAGGUUGACCUUGAAC